CCGAUGGAAGUGGAGGAGGAGAGAGAAGAACUGAGUGAAGUGGAGGAGGAGAGAGAAGAACUGAGUGAAGUGAAGGAGGAACAUCAUGUCAAACCUGGAGGAAAACCCUUUAGCCCAAAGACUAAAAAUAAUUUUUUAAAGAAAAGAAGAGCAAAGAAAUCUUUCACCUGCACUCAGUGUGGAAAGAGUUUCUCAACAAAACAAGAUCUUGAGCGUCAUAUGAGAGUUCACACUGGAGAGAAGCCGUUCUCAUGUGAUCAGUGUGGAAAGAAUUUCUCAAGCAAACAAAGUCUUGAGCGUCAUAUGAGAGUUCACACUGGAGAGAAGCCCUUCACAUGCCAUCAAUGUGGGAAGAGUCUCACAUCCAAACGAAGUCUUGAAUGUCACAUGAGAAUUCACACUGGAGAGAAGCCGUUCACAUGCAAUCAAUGUGGGAAGAGUUUCAGCCGAUCAACACACCUUAAAAGUCACAUGAGGAUCCACACCGGAGAGAAGCCGUUCACAUGUGAUCAAUGUGGGAAUAGUUUCAGCCAAUCAACACACCUUGAAAGUCACAUGAGGAUCCACACCAGAGAGAAGCCGUUCACAUGUGAUCAAUGUGGGAAUAGUUUCAGCCGAUCAACACACCUUGGAAGUCACAUGAUGAUCCACACUGGAGAGAAGCCGUUCACAUGUGAUCAGUGCGGGAAAACAUUUCUUAGUACAUCACACCUGAAGUCACACCUGAGAGUUCAUACGAAGGAGAAGCCGCAUUCAUGUUCUGUGUGUGGAAAGAGUUUUUCAUGUCUGCAAUAUUUAUAUACACAUCAGAAAACUCAUACUGGUGUGAGAGAGUACAUGUGCUUUGAGUGUGAGAAGACUUUUAUUACAGGGAAAGAUUUAAAACUGCACCAGAGAAUUCACACUGGAGAAAAACCUUACAAGUGUUCACACUGUGACAAGAGAUUCAGUCGAUCAGGACAUCUGAAAAUACAUGAGAUGAUCCACACUGGAGAGAAGCCACACACGUGUGAUCAGUGUGGAAAGAGUUUCACUGUUAAAAGUAACUUGAAGCGACACAUGAAGAUCCAUGCAGUGGAGAAACCACAUCACCAGAGUCUGAGAUCACAGCAGAACUACCAGAAAGCAUCUGGAAGGAGAGGACAGAGAGAACGCCAGAGAUGA